GAAAGUCCCAGCGUAAAAAUCAGAAAUAAAGACUCAUAAUAAUAUAGUAGUAUAUGCUAUCUUUUAAGUUUGUGCCUCCUUUCCUCUUACCCCUUCCAUUGUUUGAUUACUAGUUAUAAUGUAGUUCAGUAAUUAUUACUCAAACAUUUGAUUUUCUUUAUCAACCAUCCCCUCAUUAUUAUGCCUAUCUUCCCUUAUUACAGAUUUAUAUUGGUCAAAAUUUUCAACUGAAAGUUGUGGUAGAAGAAGACUUAGGCAAUAUGCAACAUUAUUCGUUGGGUGUUGUUGUGUCUAUAUAAUGAUGGGUUUAGUUUGUGAUUGUGAUCUCUUAGUUGUAAUCUUUAGUCUCUUUUGGUCCCAAUAUGCAACUUAUGCAACUGAAAGUUGUGGUAGAAGAAGACUUAGGCAAUAUGCAACUUUCAAUAUUUUUCAAUUUUUUUGGUCCCAAGAUUUUGGGUAUCAUUGCCACAUUAAUGAUUAGGUGAGCUAUACAAAUUCUUAUAUAUGCAAAUGUUGUUUUUCUUCUAGAUAUAAAAUUUGAUGUGCAACACCUUGCUCUUCCUUUUUGAUGCCAAUUUUUAGACUACAACUCUUCACUCUCUAAUCUCAUCAUUUCAGAUAUGACGAAAGUAUCACCUAUGAAGAAAGCGCGAAGAGCUUCAUCAAGUCGUCAUCGUGGUGGAAAAAAGAAUGUUGUUUUUCAGGAUGUAGGUCCUGAAAAAUUUUCUUCUGAUGAUUCUCGCAUCCAUGUUACAUGUCAUUGGCACGGUUUUAAUUGUAUAAAAGAGUUUCUAAGCGAUUUACAGCUACAAAAGUUGAGAGAGUCAUGUUUUGGGUAUCUUUUUGAUUUGGAUGAAUCUCUCAAACCAGCACAAAUGAUUAUGCACUCUCUCUUACUUCAUCAAGAGUGCAAUUCUAAUGGGAAUGAGCUUCAAUUAAGUUUUAACAGCAACAAAGUGAAGUUCAGUAUUGUUGAGUUUGGCAUCAUUACAGGGUUGAAUUGCAAUGAAUUUCCCCCAGAUUCUGAUAUCAUUGAGCACCCAAAUCGAUUACUCAACAAGUACUUUUCUGGCAAUGAAUCCAUUAGCAGAAAAGAGUUGGCAGAAUGUCUUAUGAAAACCCGAAUUGAUGAUGAUGAUGAUGUUGUAAAAUUGACGAAGGUUUUCAUUGUGCAGAAUAUUUUACAAAGUAAGCGUGGCCAAUGUCAUGUAGACAAUUUUGUUAUGAAGUUGGUUGAUGAUGAACAAAUGUUUGAAAAGUAUCCUUGGGGUCGUCGUUCUUUCAAUGACACAGUUAACAGUCUUUCUACUGUUUUGAAUCGCCGAAAAACGGGAUAUGAGAUAUGUGGAUUCCCGUUAGCUUUUCAAGUUUGGGGCUUUGAAAUUCUUCCAAGUUUAGGUUCAUCUUUUGCAAUUAAGGUUGGAAAUAACAUUCCUAAAAUUUUAAACUGGAAGAUGACCAACUUGCAGCGUAGCUCACGCUUGAAAACAAUUUGGAAAGAAGUUUUCGGAAAAAAUAAGAUUACUUGUGUUCCUUUGGCUCCUGUGGAUGAUAAUAGAAGUACAACCGCUGAGCAAAUUGGAUUAAAUCACGACUCUUCUAGUCCAAGAAUGAAUGAUAGAAGGACAAAUUUGCAAAAAGAGAUUGAAGUAAAUCAUCAUUCUUCUAGUCUAAAAAUGAAUAAAGAUGAACACACCAUUUUGUUAAAGGAUUUAAUGAAAGAGAGUGCUUCUCUUAAAGCAUUAAAUGUUGAGAUUAGAGAAGAAAAUGUCGAAAUUAAGAAAGAAAAUGCUGAAAUCAGAGAAAAAAUUACUGAAAUAACAAACGAGAAUUGUGGAUUAAAAGAUGAAAUAGCUGCCGUGAGAAAACAAGUUGAUGUGUUCAUGCAAUAUUUUACAGAUCUUCUCGAGUUGAAGACAAGUUUCAAAAAUAUUGAGAAACUUGUAUUAUGGUUAGCGGAGAAUGGUGGUGCAGAGAAGAGAACUUGUGGAGAAAAAGAGAAUGCUAAAGAAAGCGGCGAAGAUCUUGUCUUUUUGAAUGAAAGUAAAAACACUUUUUCCCGAAGGAAUUUUCACGAGUGCACAAAUGAAUUGAAAUCUAGUAAUACUGUUUUUAGCAGUCCAGAUUGUCAUCCUAAUGUUGCAGAGAUUUUACAGGAUUCUAAUGUAAAAAUUCAUCAAAUGAAAGAAGGACAACAAGACAAGGAAGCAAAUGAGGGAUCUAGAAGCAUGGAUCAUGUCAAUGAUGAAGAUAAAGAAGUUGUAGAGGCAAACAAAAGUGGAAAAGCAAUAAUUGAGAGCGAUGAUGAUAUUCCAACCUUCAAUCUUUUAUCUCAAUCAUUUUCGGAAAAUGAAAAUGAGCCGUUGUGUGAAACAUUGAAGGUGUUACGUAGUAAAAGAAAGAGGAAGACAACCUUAAGCCGCUAUCUUAUUUCUCCAUUUGAGCCAUUGAAUAAACCAAAGGGCGCAAGAUAACGUGAUCACUAAAGACUCAACAUUCAACAAGUAUCAAUUUUUUAAUACUUCAUAUGUGUUUUUUCUAGUUAUUCUAAAACAAAAGUACAACUUCUUAGUUUUAACCCAUUUUAUAGUUUCUUAAUAUUAGUUUCCUUUUUUUGUUAUAUACUUAAGGAAUGCUUUUGGAAUAGGUACUUGAUUGAAAGACAUUCAAGGUUUACUAAAACCAAUUGAGUAAUACAAGAUAGCAAUUUUGCAAAAAAUUAUUAAUUUUUAUUUUGAAUGCUUUAAUAUAAUUUAUUUUCUAGGAGUCAUUGUCUAAACAAAUUCUUUGUUGUUAAAUGACACAAUUUUUAGUUUGCUUUUUUUUUUUUUUGGAAUUAGAUUAAGCUUUUAUUAUUAUAUUUUGGUAAACUUAGUGCCUCAUUUUAAUUUUAUUGUUCAAUUUCAUUUUCCCCACUUUCUUUGUAUCCAUUAUAAUAAGUUUGAUCCUAUCAAACUUAAUUUUAUAGUUCUAUUUAUGGGUGUGGAUUCAUAAUGUUUACCUUUUAGAAGGGAAUUGGUGGAAUUACUAAAAAAAAUUAAAAAAUCAAAUAGAUUUGAAUCAAUUUCUCUCAAUUAAAUAUUACAUUAUCUCAAGGUAUUUUUUUUUUUUUUGUCAAAGCAUCAUUUUAUUUUUUUGGCUUGCUACGCUCUUUGGGCAACUUCAGACUAAAGACUGGUUCUUGAAGUAUAAAAUUUGUCUUGAUAAAAAUUGUAUGAUGUGUGGUUCUGCUAAUGAAUCAAUAUCUCAUUUGUUCCUUAAUUAUUAUCUAACUAAUUGGUGCAUUUGUGAGAUCGAGAAAAAUACAUUAUACUAUAGGAUUGCCUUAUUAGCAUUACUAAGAAAUUCAGCAAGUUAAUGUUUGCUUGAAAUUAUGGUAAACAUGUCUUUUUAGGUAAAUUUAGUGACUUAAAUAAGGUAAUUCAAAAUGUAUUUAUCAUUAAAAUGGUAAACCCCAUUCUAAAGUAAGGUAAACAACAUGCUUAAGUAAAUUAAGUGCAUAAGGGAAAGUAAUUCAAAAAUAUAAUUUAUCAUUAAUAUGGUGACCUACUAUUCUAAAAUUAGAUAAAUAACAUAUUGUUCACCUUAAGUUUUUCUUUUUCUUUUUUUGGUUUUGUGAAAUUAUU